AUGUAUGCAUUAAAAAUCCAAAGUGCCUGUCAAAGCGAGGGCAGUGGGGAGCCUGAUGAUUCUAGUAGUCAUCAUCAGGAACCUGUUAGACCUCCGGUACAGGAUUGUAGCUCAUUUGACAUUGUUAGAGCAACUCAGUAUGGAGCUCUAGAUCGUGUAACUGAAUUAGUAGAAGCUGGGGCUGAUGUAAAUCAACCAGACUCAGAAACUGUAACCCUAUUGCAUUGGGCUGCAAUAAACAAUAGGAAAGAUAUUAUAAAAUACCUGAUAGCAAAGGGAGCUACUGUUGAUGCAGUUGGUGGUGAGCUUGCUUCCACGCCGUUACUUUGGGCUGCAAGACAGGGCCAUUUAUCUACAGUUGUGUUAUUGAUGAGAGCAGGAGCAGAUCCAACUCUCAGAGACUCAGAAGGAUACUCGUGUAUUCAUUUAGCAGCACAAUAUGGUCACACACCUAUUGUUGCUUAUCUAGUCGCGAAAGGAAUAAAUCCAAAUAUGCCAGAUAAAAGUGCAAUGACACCCCUCAUGUGGAGUGCCUACAAAAUUAAUAGUUCAGAUCCGACGCGCUUGUUAUUGACACUAGGCGCAUCUCAUUCACUUGUUGAUAAUUUACAUGGUAACACAGCUUUGCAUUGGGCUAUAAUAGCUGAGAAUAGUACAGCAAUAUCGACGUUAGUCCAUCACGGUGCAUCGUUAGACGUACCAAAUGUUCGAGAUGAAACACCGAUGACAUUAUUGGGUCGUCAUAUUGGCGCUGCCUGGUUAGGAGAUACGAUCAGUCAAGAAAUCAGAGAAAAACAGAGCAGAUCAAGAACAUGGUGUAGAGAUAAGAAGAUGCGCUGGUACUGUAUGGUCAGUACACCGUUUAUACUUUUCUAUGUGAUUGGACUGGUUCUUCAAAGUGGAUUGGAUUAUCUAAUAAAAUUAGGUGCCUUUGUCACUCUUUAUAUAGCACUGUAUUUAGCUAAUAAUUUUAUCUUUGACGAACGAUUAUUUCAUAUUUUACCAAUGUCAGUUUAUUUGGCUACAAAGAUGUGGAUAUACAUGACAUGGAUAUUUUGGUUAGGGAUACACGCUGCAUGGUAUUUAUGGUUAUUACUAGUGGGUGGAUCUGUACCACUGUGGAUAUGUUUCUUACAAUCCUGGAGAGGCGAUCCAGGUGUAAUUACUGCUACACACGAGGACAAAUUAAAUACGAUUAUAGAGUUAGCAGAAGCUGGUGGUUUCGAAUCACAAUCGUUCUGUAUUAGUUGUUUGGUCAGAAGACCUAUAAGAUCUAAACACUGUUCUACAUGUGAUCGAUGCGUUGCACGCUUUGAUCAUCACUGUCCUUGGGUGAACAAUUGCAUCGGUGCGCAUAACCACAAGUAUUUUCUGGGAUUUCUAGCGUCACUGUUAGGCCUCUGUAUUGUUAUUUUGUCUGCUAGUGUACAGUAUUGGCAGUUUGAAUGUUGGACAAACUUAACGAAUGAUCAUAACGCUGGUCAUUAUCUAGUUGCUGCGAUUACGUGCGAUAGUUGGGUAAUAUGGGUUGCAGCGAAUGCGUUCCUUCAUUUUCUUUGGGUUGGCACACUGCUAGCGUGUCAGUGUUAUCAGAUCAUGGUCCUUGGAAUGACAACAAACGAGCGCAUGAACGCUGAACGCUAUGCGCAUUUCAAGCAAGGGAAUCCUUUCCAUCGCGGUGCUCUUCAGAAUGCGGCCGAUUUCUGCAAUAUAAGUUUUUGUGGGUUAAAAGCGAAACCUAGCUCAGAUUGGUUGCACAGCUUUGAUCAUAAACAGAGCAUUGAAAAGUUGCCUCUACUCGCUACAAAGGACAACUUCCAAUACAUUUAGGAUUUUUUUUAAGG